AUGGUCCAAAAACCAUUUCCAAGCAACCGAGACAAGCGCAGCUACGAUACGUUUGAGCUACUUCAUCUGGACAUCUGCGGGCCCAUGGAAAAGGAUUCGCUCGGUGGCAGCAAAUAUUUGCUACUGAUCAUCGACGAAGCCAGUGGAUGCAUGAAGGGCUUUUGUCUACGAGUGAAGUCCGAGAGUGAAGACUACAUCCGGAAAUAUAUCACCAUGGUACAGACGCAAUUCUGUAAGAAGGUCAAGUUCGUGCGACACGACAGAGCUCGCGAGUUUGCAACCAACUCGCUUCAACUGUUCUACGAAGACGAAGGCAUUGAACAGCAGACAACGGUGCCGUAUGCACAUCAAACAAACGGAACAGCAGAGCGUGCCAUUAGGACUAUUGUCACGAUCGGCCGCAGCAUGCUUCAUCAUGCCAAACUGGACAAGUGUUUCUGGGCCGAAGCAGCGAUGACGGCCAUCUACGUCAAGAAUCGACUGCCGUCACCUAAAGUCGUGCACAAGACCCCCGUUUGA